GGUAUGUGCACACGACAGUUUAAAUGACUGUGUAUAUUAUUGUGAUAGUGUGUAUGUUUCUUUACCAUCGAUCACCUGGUAAUUUCCAUUACGCAAAGAAUUUCUAAAUUUAAACAUUUGUACUCGACAUGGCAUGUCCUGAAGCAUGGUUAAAACUCCAGCCAGUGAUAAAGAUCGUGUUUGUGUCAACAAUUGUUGCUUUCUGUUCAUUAAUUCUUGGAUUUGCAACACCAGUAUGGGUGUCUACGAGUGGUGCCAUUCAAAUUCAAUUGAUUGAUUGGGAAGGAACGCAUUCGGGAAAUGUCGGUAUGGAUCAUUUGGGAUUGUGGCAAGCCUGUGGCGGUGGCGUCGGGUGUAUCAACUUGGUACACGAUAUGCCAGGAUUUAUAAUUGCUUCCAGAGUUUUUGCGUGUUUCAGCCUAAUUGCAGCGUUUGUUGGCAUCGCAAUGGUGUUUUGGUUCGCUUGUGUAUCAAAAAGUGACAAUGGACGACUUCUCAUGCUGUCGAUGAUAAUGUCUUUUGUUACUGGAGCAUUGAUAACAAUUACUGUUGCCAUAUUUGGCGGAGAAGUAAAAAUUCACCUGAGUUUUUCUUUUGCCAUGAUGUGCAUUGCCGCUAUUUUGUAUACUGUAAAUGGCGUACUGUUUCUUGUGUACAUAGGCACUGGAAGGAGAUGAUGAUAUGAAAAUGAGUUGUUGUUCUUGAGAUGAGCAUUAUUUGAAAGUUGUUGUACCUUCCUGUUUUUUGUUGAUGUACAAUCAUUACGAAAAGACUGUUCUGAGCGGUGCUGCAUUCCAAGUCAAGCUAUCCAAACAGGAUUAUUGCAUUGAAUGAACGAACUAGUAAUAUAUACCGGUGUAUUAUUUAUGCAUGUUUAUACGCAAAAUAAUCAUGUUUGUUACAAUAAUAAUAAAAAUGUUCCUGUU